AUGUUCCGCAACACGUUCCAGAGCGGCUUCCUGAGCGUGCUCUACUCCAUCGGGUCGAAGCCGCUCCAGAUCUGGGACAAGAAGGUGCGCAAUGGACACAUCAAGAGAAUCACGGACCAGGACAUCCAGUCGUCGGUGCUCGAGAUCAUGGGGACGAACGUGAGCACGAACUACAUCACGUGCCCCGCCGACGCGAAGCGCACGCUGGGCAUCAAGCUGCCCUUCCUCGUCAUGAUCAUCAAGAACCUGAAGAAGUACUUCACGUUCGAGGUGCAGGUCCUCGACGACAAGAACGUGCGCCGCCGCUUCCGCGCGUCCAACUACCAGUCGACGACGCGCGUCAAGCCCUUCAUCUGCACCAUGCCCAUGCGCCUCGACGAGGGCUGGAACCAGAUCCAGUUCAACCUGAGCGACUUCACGCGCCGCGCGUACGGCACGAACUACAUCGAGACGCUCCGCGUGCAGAUCCACGCCAACUGCCGCAUCCGCCGCAUCUACUUCAGCGACCGCCUCUACUCCGAGGAGGAGCUGCCCCCGGAGUUCAAGCUCUUCCUCCCCAUCCAGAAGGAGCAGGCGAACACGGGCGGCGUCGAGCCCAAGCCCCAGGGCUAG